AUGUGCAUGGAGAUCCCCGCGGGACUGACGGAGCUGCUGCAGGGCUUCACAGUGGACAAGGCGAGGCACCAGCCUGCAGACCUGCUAGAGUUCACUCUGCCGCACUUCACGCGCCUGCAGCAGCAGAAAGAGGGCAAAGGCACCCUGUCCUUUGGCCAUGAGGGCGGGACCUUGGGGGGAAGGCACCGCCGCGGUGGCGGCACCCCUAGGGGCGUGCCCACCGGCGCGAGACAAAGCCUUGGACACGUGACCACCAGCCGGCCCUCCCGCUUUACUGCGCUGGCCCUGGUGGCGGUUAAAAUGGGGCGGGGCUUGGGUGACAACCAAGAUGGCUUGAUGCUUCUCCACAAGCUCCUAAAACCAUUACGGGCUCCUAAAACUGCGCAUUCGGAGAUGGACCAGAAAGCAAAAGGGGAAAUGACCAUGACUUGGUCUUUCGAAUGGAACAGUUCUCUUCCUGUUUACUACAUUCAAGAUGAAAACCAGCGAGUUCUUCCGUACCUCUGUGCUGACACUGCGUUCAUCUACGAUGUCUUCAAGAAUACUCAGCAUCAUCUUCAGGGCCAUGCUAAUGUGAUCUCCUGCCUCUGCAUCAGGGAAGACAGACGGUGGAUUGCCACUGCCGACAAAGGGCCCGACUGCCUGAUAAUCACAUGGGACUCCUUCACAGGGUCUCCUUUGACCACCAUCUUUGACAGCUGCCCAGAAGGCAAUGGCAUCGGGGCCAUAGCCAUCACCUGGGUUGCCAAAUAUCUGGGAACCAUCUCUGAUGCUGAAAUCCAGAAACUUUGCAUCUGGAGGUGGACCUUAGCCGUGGAAAUGCCAACAUGUACCCGCAAUCUCCUCAAAGAGUAUGGUGUUCAGAACUAUUUUACUUUUAAUCCAACAAAUAAUAAAGAACUGGUAAGCAACAGUAGAACACUAAUAUAUUAUUUGUGGUAUGAAGAGGAAGAUAUACUUGCUCACAGUGCCCACGUUUAACAGAAAAACAAGCUCUAAGACCUGAACGGAUGAGGG